AUGGCACUUUUAAGUGAAAAUUCGGGAAGAUCUUUACCUGAUUACGAGACACAAGCAGCAAAAAUGAAAAGUUUUAGUCCGUACGCUGACAAUGGAGGGUAAGCUGUUUUCUUCAUGGGUGUCAUAAGCUGUCAUAACCUAUCUUCUUAACAUCAACGAAUCGAAAUGUUUAUAUAUUUAUAUAUUUUUGUCAUAAAUAUAUAUUUUUAUUACGAAAAUGAUGUAAUCAUUCAAUUAUUAAAUUAUUUGCAAUUAUUAAAUUGAAUUACAAAUAAUUGUUUAUAUCUGAUUAUUAAGUUAUUGUGUCCAUAUAUAAGUUUACUGUAUGCAUUAAAAUUAUAGGAGUGUCAUAGCUCUCGCAGGAGAUGACUUUUGCGUAAUAGCAGCAGAUACACGUCUCAGCACUGGGUUUUCCAUUUAUACGCGUGAACAACAGAAGCUCUUUCCUUUGUCAUCUAAAACUAUUUUGGGUUGCUCAGGCUGUUGGUGCGACACUCUUACUUUGACCCGACUUUUAACUGCAAGAAUGCAGAUGUAUGAACAUGAGCACCAGAAGGAAAUGCCAACAUUAGCAGUUGCACAAAUGCUAUCAACAAUGUUGUAUUACAAACGUUUCUUUCCUUAUUAUGUGAGCAACAUUCUUGGUGGAUUAGAUGAGGAUGGUAAAGGUUGUGUAUAUAGUUAUGAUCCCAUUGGACAUUGCGAAGUAACAAAGUAUAGAGCAGGUGGUUCUGCCGGAGCCCUGUUGCAACCUCUGUUGGACAAUCAAAUUGGAUAUAAAAAUCAAGAAGGUGUUGAGCCUGUUCCUUUAACUCAAGAAAAAGCUGUUGCGAUUAUAAAGGAUGUUUUCACGUCAGCAGCAGAAAGAGAUAUUUACACUGGUGAUUCUAUAAAUAUCAAAAUUAUAACAAAAGACGGUGUACAAGAUUCAACUUUUGAAUUAAGAAAAGAUUAA